UUAGGCUGUCUACUAUAACUUCUAAAUUUUAGUAGAAUUUGGUAAUGGUAGAAACAAGAAAGGUUAAAAAUUUAUAAACAUACUGUGAUCUGGCAACACUGUCUUUCUUUUACGUCAAAAACAAGUGUUCGGAAUGGCAGACGCGCCGUCAACAGCGCCUAAGGCCAAAGCGCCUAAAACAAAAGCACCAAAAGAGAAAGCUGCAAAGGAUGCUCCAGCGGCGCCAGCAGAAUCCCAAAAAGUCGUACGCAAGGCUUCCAAAGCUCGUCACGGUAGACUUUAUGCUAAGGCCGUGUUCACAGGAUACAAACGUGGUCUCCGAAACCAACAUGAAAAUACUGCACUUCUGAAGAUUGAAGGUGCUCGAUCAAAAGAUGAUGCAUUAUUCUAUGCAGGCAAGAAAUGUGUAUACGUAUACAGAGCCAAGAAGAGGACACCUAUUGCUGGAGGACCUCGUGGAAUUAAGACCAAGUUGAGGGCCAUCUGGGGCAAGGUGACCCGUCCCCAUGGCAACUCUGGCAGUGUCAGAGCUCGCUUCAAGUCUAACCUUCCUGCUCAGGCAAUGGGACACAGAAUACGAGUGAUGUUGUAUCCAUCAAGGAUUUAAACAGCCUUUAAUUUAAGAAUUAAAAAUAAAACCCAAAAAAAAUAGUUCAUUAUUAUUAUUUCCUUCCUAUUACCAGAAAGACAAUUUAAAGCCAAGUUAAAAAAAAAUUAUUAAAUUUUUAAUACAAAACUUUAUUGUUAAUAUUAUGUUAAUUUCUAUGUUAUGCUAAGGGUACAGUGUCUUGCCUCAGUCAAAGUUUUUAACAAAUUUUCACCACUUGUUAUGGUUCUGUCAACUUUAAACAGAUAGAGUAUUAUCAUACAUAAAUCUAUUUUAUACAGAAUUAUUUAAAUGUUGCAAUGGUUUUACUUAACA